GCGUGCUUAGUGUUUGCAGUUCUGUUUUGCGUAGCACUGGAACAUUUCCUCUCGAAAGUAAUAAAGAAUACAUUUUAAAAGAACUUUCCUUAAAAGACUCCUGAAGUAUCCUUCAGAAAAAAGUGAAAUAUUGUUUCGAAGAAAGAUGGAAUCUGGAAGUGAUCGUGAAGCAAAUGGUGAGCUGCCGUCAACACCAAAGCGCCACUCCCAAGAUUGCAAAGGACAGCCCUCCAAGAGACAUCGGGUCGCACCUGUUUCCUUUGCGUUGCAUGGAGCAGUAGGGGAUGGUGACUUGGAGAGGAUGAGAGAUCUACUGGAUGCUGGAUGCGACACCCGGGCCACGGAUAAAGAGGGAAGGACACCCCUCCACUUGGCUCUGUGGUGCUGGAAUGAGGCAGCAGCAGAGCUCCUAGCGGAUGUAGACGGCGAGAACAACAUCCAGGAUGCACUCGGAUUCACCCCUCUGCAUUACGCUGCGGUGAGGGGACUCGUCGGAAUCAUCCAGAAGUUGCUCGCUAGUGGUGCAGACACACGUCUGAAGGAUGUUCGUGGAAUGACGCCCCUGCACACUGCCCUGGCCUUGAGACAUGAAUGUGCAGCGAGAUCGCUGUUGGAGGCCGAUUCUGCACUCGACAGCCCGGAUGAAGAGGGGCGCACCCCUCUGCAUUACGCUGCACUGAGGGGUUCUGUGCAGAUAGCGAGAGAGUUAGUGUCGAGGGGGGUGUGUCCGCACGUCAAAGCUGACGAUGGAAGGUAUCCGCUGCACAUCGCUCUGAGAGAAAAUCACUACGACGUCAGGGGAGUGAUCCUCGCAACGUACGCCUGCAGAGGCAUCGCGAUAGAUUGGAACGAGAUGAAGCUUCCACCGGAUCAGAUGGAGCGCUGCAUCCUAUUGCUCUCGGUGCGAGAGGCCGAGAUCCGAAGGAUGAGGGAUUCCCGGGUGGAGGGAUCCAGGCUGUCCUUCUACCACGUUGCCAGGCGACCCGCAUCCAGGAUCGCCCCGUGUCUUUCCAAUGAAGUGAUCCGACGGCUUUCGGUCGGUGAUGGCCCAGUGCGGGAUUUUCCCGUCUACGGCCACCUCCUCGCUUCGAAACUGAAGCAAGUCGAGGAGAGGAGGAAUCUUGCCGAUCGGUGUCUCGAGUGCUUCUACCUCCUCUCCCGGAAGUUGUCUCCUUUGCCGUUGACGUGCAUCGACAUCAUCUUCCUGUGCCUGACUAGCGCUGACAUGCGAAACUUCAUCCGUGCCAUCCAGCAUGAGUCUCGAAGUGUCCUUUGAAGUGCCUUGCAGUAAGGAAAAAAGGGUUGGCUGAAACUAAGCCUUGUUGAUAGUCGUUCUGUGCUGCCGUGGAAUUUCCAGUUUCGAUUUGUUUCAUUCCCGCGAGUUAUCGCUUCUUGGUGUGAAAAUUUAUUGUACAUUCGCUUGAAAAUUUUCGCCAAGCACAACAUGUAUAGAUUAUAGUUUUUUUUUCUCAAAUUCUGCUGAUUUUGAACUUUAUUUUUGGUGCAAUCUGUAGUUCAACCAUUGAAUGGAGAAACUUCAUUCCCCUAUGGAAUUCAGCAACAUCCUUCUCGGAGGAUUAUUUUCUAUUUGAAGGUGAACAAUUCCUUCGAAAGAUGUGAAUCCUUUGUUCAUGAAUACCGAAAGUGCAGACUAAGAACAUGAAGAUACUUUGCUGAACCUUUUCUGCUGGAUAUAUGUUUUUAUUAAUCUCUCAUCAAAAUAAGAAAUCAUUCUUCAAUGAUUUAGAAACCUUUUGAAUAUGUUUGUGUAUCAUUUGAAAAACUCGUUAUUUGUAACGAUGGAUAUGUG